AUGCAUGAUGAAGAGACAGAUAGAAAUCGUCGUUUGCGGUCCAGCUGGGAGCUUGACGAACUAUUCAGUUGGGACGCGGUUGAAACCAAUUGGCUGAAGCAGAUCACGCUUUCUCGAGUCAAAGAAGAUAAGGAUAUGCACAGAGAAUACGGCGAGGAAGCUACGGCUCUCCGUGCAGAACUCGUCGAAGCUAUUUCCCAGCAUACUCGCCUUACUGAAGCACUCCUGCAAGCCCGUGUGCUUGUUGACGAAAAACAUGCAGAUUUGGACUGGCUUGACGACCAGUUUGAGAAGCGAAAACAAUCUGUUGCAGAGAAGCGCACAGCAGAUGACAUGAGAGUCAAAGCGUGGAUUGCCAACGCUCGAGCUGCCAGUUGCGAGAAAGCUGGAAACCCACACCAUGGCACUGCAGAACAAGACAGCAACGGUGUUCAUUCCGAACGUGCUCCUAAAAACAAAAAUGCGGAUUUGGAAGACAGUAUCCUAUCCGAAGCAACAACUACUCGAGAUGAAGAGCUGCAAUUUAAGAUAUCUUCGCCAGAGGACUCCUCAGAAGCCGAUGCAAAUAAACGGGGCCUGAGAGACGCGAACUUUGUGAACCGCGUGUCAGUUCAAAGCUUGUCCAGUAAAAUUGCUGGAGUUGAAGUAGUCGGUCCAGACGGCAUCGUUGUCGGCACUUUAAAGCGUCUCAUUGCGGGCAACCAUUGGGUUCAAAAGCUUAGAGAGCUUCCGAUUCGACGAAGCGUUGAGAUCCGAAUGGGCCGGAAGCUCACACAAGAUAGCCUGGACGAUAUACACGAAAGCAGUGAGCCCAAAAAAUCGAAAUGGUUGAGUUUCAUGAUACAGGCGACUGGCGAGAUACAAGGACGGGCGUGCCAUACGUGUACCAAAGGCCAGGGCCUAUAUUCUCUCUGCAUUAUCGUGGGUGGCAGCGACUUUCCUCGGUGCGGAAACUGCGAGUGGAACAAGCAAGGCUGUCAUGGAGCAGCCGCCCAGUCUUCAGGAUCUGGAAAGCGGCCCAGGCAGUCUGUCAUUGACGACCAGUUCUCGGGCCAACAGCACAGCAAACAAUCAAUCGAUGUGGCACCUGACUUGGCCAAAAACUCGGGAGACAAGAAGUUACCAGCAGAGACUAAUGCCAGUGCCAACACUGAUGGCGAAGAACACGUUCAGCACUCCCAUGCCAAUGACAAGUUAUCUAUCACACCCCCCCAGACGACAUUUCCCGGAAAAGAAAAUUUAACUCCUGCGAUCCUCGAGCUAAAAGAAAUCACGAAAGACAGUCUUGUGCUGAAAGAUGACGGUAUGAUAUUUCUCGAGCCUGAAAUCAUGCGCGGCGUUCCUAUACGCAAAAUAACGCCAGAGCAUGCAUAUUGGGAGCCGGACUGGAAGCGGGUUGAAGUGCCGAUUCGCAGCAAACUCGACGAGCUGGCCGGCAAGUGA